CGCAUGCGCAUAUUUUAACCAAUCAACGCGCUGUUUGAUUUAAAUCCACAAUUUUCAAAAAGAAAACCUUCAUUUCGUUCUUGGCAGUACGGUGUGUAAGUUUUUUCGCUGAAAAUGAAUUCAAUAUAUAAAUCUAGAGGCAUUGUUGGUGGGCGCUUCGGCGUGGCCGAAGUGUCACGGAAUGUUCGAGCCACGGAAAGGGCUGCCCUGCGGAAAUCAAGGAGAGGUCAGGAGACAGAUAAACGUCGGAAUAUCGGCAGUCCGCUUACAGUUUCUUCCAGUCCUGAACGUAAAUUAACUCUAGUUGAAAAACUGGCAUUGUAUAAGAAAGAGAAAGCGAAAAAAGCCGGAAAUGCAAAGCACAAGAAGAAAAUAUUUAAAGUUGCUCAUAUUGUAUAUGAUGACAAGCAGUGGUUUUCUUCUGGGCAGCCAGGCAAAAUAAAACCAAAGGCUCAAGUCAGAAAUCAUGAGCGGACAAGAUUUUCUGCCAGGUUAGCUUCAAAACAAAAGGAGCUUCAAAAGAAGAAUGCCGUCGCAAAAAAAUCAACUAUUCCAGAUUGUAAGUCAGUAUUUGUUUAUUGCCAUCAUUUUCAUAGUACUCAGUUUUCAGUUCUCAUAUGCCUCAGAAUACAUUCAAAAUUAUUUUUUUCGAAAAGAAAUUAUUUGUACAAUAAUGUAAUUGAUAAAUGCUGGAACAUUUUAAUGGUUUUUUAG